AUGGAGCAGUUUAGGAAGGGGAAGGUGAAUGUCUUGUUCACUACAGAGGCUGCUGGAAUGGGUUGUGAUAUUCCCGAUGUGAAGAUAGUCGUACAGUUUGGAGCCCCGAAGACACUAGCUAUUUGGGUUCAACGUGCUGGCCAUGCUGGUCGAUCUCCACUUAUACAGGCACGAGCAAUUUUGCUCUUUGAACCAUCUGCCUUCCAG